UCUGUGAGCUGAAAUCCAAAGGCACCUAUGCCCAGGACUCCCCAGAUUGUCCUGCCCAACACAGCAUCAGCUCCUGCCUAUGAAAAAGGGCUGCAUCUCCCAUGUGGCAUGUUUUCUGGUGCAUUGGCCCUUUUUGGUUAGGAUGGCUGCAAUUAAUUUAUCACAACAAGUAUGAAGGAUCUGUUGAUGUUGCUACCUCAGUGUCUUUUCUGCAAACAUCUGUUUUUCAAAUUUAUAAUUUCACCUGAUGAAAGGAGAAAAUGGACAUCACGCACAGCGUGCCUUAGAAUGCAAGUGCUAAACUAUGACUUCUUCCUCUGCGUUCUCCACAGCCCAAGUAACCAGAGCUCCCUAUUUCUUUAUGAUAAACUUUGGCUCGCAUUUAGCGAAAGAUGAACUUUUCAUUCUGCGUAACAAAUGUGGUUUUUCGGAACUGUAUUCAUGGCAAAGGCAAAGGAAGGCAAAGCAGGAAUUUUGUCUGCAUGAUGGACCACCUUAUGCCAAUGGAGACCCUCAUGUUGGCCAUGCAUUAAAUAAAAUUUUGAAAGACAUCACUAAUCGUUUCUACAUGAUGAGAGGUUAUAAAGUACAUUAUGUGCCAGGAUGGGAUUGUCAUGGAUUGCCAAUUGAGUUGAAGGCAUUGUCAGAAGUCAAAGGAGCUGAAAAUCUUUCACCAAUGGAAAUUCGACAGAGAGCUAGAGAAUUUGCAGAAAGAGCAAUUGAGAAGCAGAAAUCUGCCUUCAUUCGUUGGGGUGUAAUGGCAGAUUGGGCUAACUGCUACCGUACGUUUGAUCCAAAGUAUGAAGCAAACCAGCUGAGAGUCUUCUAUAAAAUGUAUGAUAAGGGUUUCAUUUAUCAGGACUAUAAACCUGUGUUCUGGUCCCCUUCAGCAAAAACAGCCUUGGCUGAAGCAGAGCUUGAAUACAAUGAGCAGCAUGUCAGUCGUUCUGUGUAUAUGAAAUUUCCCCUGUUAAAGUCACCACCUAAGCUGACUUCUGUGAUAGAUGGAUCAUCCCCUGCUAGCGUGCUAGUCUGGACCACACAACCUUGGACUGUGCCAGCAAAUCAAGCAGUUUGUUACAUGCCAGAUUCAGCAUACUCAAUUGUGAAAUGUACAACUACUGGUGAACACUUCAUUCUAGCAGCAGAUAGAGUUGAAUCUACAGCUGCUGUUUUGGACAGGCAGUUUGAGGUUAUGUCAACGUGUAAAGGUGUAGAUUUGGCAGAUGGUUCUUGUGCUCAUCCCACAAUUCCUGGCAGAGUCUCUCCUCUGUUACCUGCUAAUCAUGUGACAAUGGCAAAAGGAACAGGAUUAGUUCAUACAGCCCCAGCUCAUGGUAUGGAAGACUACAGUGUAGCUUCCCACCAUCAGCUACCCACGGAUUGCCUUGUGGAUGAAGGUGGGUUUUUUACUGAAGCUGCAGGUCCUGAACUUCAAAACAAGAAUGUCCUUGAAGAGGGGAAUGAAGCUGUCAUUCAGAUGCUUCAAGCAGCCGGGAGUUUGUUAAAAGAGGAGAAAUAUGCGCACAGUUACCCAUAUGACUGGAGGACUAAAAAGCCAAUGAUCAUUCGAGCCAGCAAACAAUGGUUUGUAAACACAGCAAGUGUGAAGGCUACAGCACAGGAAGUGCUGAAAAAAGUGAAAGUUAUUCCUACGUCUGCAGCGAACAGAAUGCUCGAAAUGCUGGACAGAAGGACCUUUUGGUGUAUAUCACGGCAAAGAUGUUGGGGUGUUCCGAUUCCUGUUUUUUAUCAGAAGAACACAGGAGAAUGCUUGAUAAACAGUGAAACUAUCACAGAUGUCAUCAAAAUAGUGGAGCAGCAAGGAACAGAUGCAUGGUGGACCCUUCCUAUUGAACAACUGCUAUCAAAAGAGGCUGUAGCAAAGGCUGGUGGUCAUGAUGUUUUGGAUUAUGUCAAGGGACAGGAUGUCCUAGACAUCUGGUUUGACAGUGGAACUUCCUGGGCUCAUGUUUUGGAAGGAGCAGAGCAAAGAGCAGAUACAUACCUUGAAGGAAAAGACCAACUGGGAGGUUGGUUUCAAUCCUCUCUAUUAACUAGUGUGGCAGCAAGGAAAAAAGCACCAUAUAAGACUCUGGUAGUUCAUGGAUUUACUCUUGGUGAGAAAGGGGAGAAGAUGUCUAAAUCUAUUGGCAAUGUGGUUGACCCCGAUGUAGUUAUCAAUGGAGGCGAAGAUCACACCAAGGACCCUCCAUAUGGUGCCGAUGUUCUCCGCUGGUGGGUGGCAGAAUCGAAUGUUUUUACUGAGGUGCUGAUUGGGCCUGUUGUACUUAAUGCUGCAAGAGAUGAUAUUAACAAGCUUCGGAAUACACUACGCUUCAUGCUGGGAAACGUGGCUGGCUUCAACCCAGAAACCGAUUCCAUCCCCACUUCAGAGAUGUACAUAGUAGAUCAAUACAUGCUGCAUUUAUUGCAAGAUUAUGGCAGCAAGGUUACAGAAGCAUACAAAGAAUACGAUUAUAGCAAAGUUGUUCGAUUAUUGCAAGCAUUCUGUUCCAGAAACUUGUCUAACUUUUAUUUUACCAUAAUCAAAGACAGGCUCUAUUGUGAAGAAGAAAAAGAUCCUAAGCGUCGUUCAUGUCAAACUGUGCUAGCACAGGCUUUAGACAUAGUAGUCCGGUCCUUUGCACCAAUUCUUCCUCACUUGGCAGAGGAGGUUUUCCAGCACCUCCCUUAUAAGAAAGACUCAGAGGGUGUGUUUCGUACUGGCUGGAUUAAUGCAAGCUCAGCAUGGAAGAAGCCUGGCAUUGAGGAAGCAAUAGAAGGUGCAUGUGCAAUGAGAGACUCUUUCCUUGGGUCCAUCUCUGGCAAGAAUGCUUUGGAGUAUGAAGUAGUCAUUGUAAUUGAGCCUGGAUUGCUGUUUGAAUUAAUGGAGGCACUGCAGGCUGAAGAAACUUCUAGUGAUUCACAGCUGAAUGAAAUAAUGAUGGCUUCCCAAACAACCCUGCUGAGUGAGCUACCUAAAGAAACACCUGCAGAUGCAAACAUCAUCAAAGGGACCUUUCUGAUUAACUUGGAAGGUGGUGAUAUCCGUGAAGAAUCUUCCUAUAAAGUUAUAGCCCUACCACUUGCCAAAGCAAAAUGCCCUCGCUGCAGGAGAUACACUUCUGAUUCCUCAAGCACCCCCUGCCCACGGUGCCUGAAAGUCAUUGCUGGAAAAGUGAGCACGUGAGGGUGAAAUCCCUACGCACAAGCUGCGCCAAAGUCAUGAGUAUUGAAGUAUACAAUAGUGGUGGCUAACCAGAAGGGCUGUGUACUGAGGCCUGUAGAACCAGAUGCUUAAGCCCCAGCCUGAGCAGAAUUAUCAUGUUUUGGGGGGAACCUUCUGUAUAUACCCAACUGUGUAUAUCACUUUUCAGCUUAAUAAAAAGGGUCAUUCAAAAUAA